AUGUCCUCCAGAAUAAUCGCCUGGCUGGUCCCCUCGGCACCCAACUCCCCCGCCGACAAAGCAUCCCGCCUGCCCGCCAACCAGCCCUUGGCCACACCAGCAUCAUCACCGUACCUCUCCUCAAUACCGGGCCUGCCCGGCACUGCCAGGAGCCAGCUCGCUCUCGAGCUGCGCUUCGACCACCCCACCAAACAAAAAGGCACCUUCGUCAUCGGAACCUCUCCCGAAUGCGACAUCGUUCUGCCCCCACAUGCCCGCGUCUCCAAGCGGCACUGCGCCAUAUCCUUUGACGCGGGAUCCAGACUCGUCCUGCGGGACUUUUCGGAACACGGCACGCAAGUCUGGUACGAUUGGGAAUGCAGCGGCGACCAGACGGGCUACUCGUGGGUCCUGAGCGGCCCCUCGGACGGGUUUCCAGCGACUGUCAAUCGCAUCAUCAUUGAUAUCCAGGGGGUGAGGUUCCAUGUCGUGCUGAAUGACCACUCUGCUGAUUGGGAGGGGUACGAGGCUCAGCUCGACGCCUUUUGUGGAGAAGACGUAUCUGCUGCGCAUUGUUGGCGUGGCGCAGGAGGAUGCUGCGGGCAUCCACAGUCGCCGGUUAUUCAGCAUGUUUUUGUCAACGAGCCAGGUGAACCGGGGGAUGUGUAUCUUUGGGAUACGUCCCGGCCCUGGGAACCCAUGGUCAAGGCAUCAGCGUGA